AGGAAACCCCGCACUUCCUUUUCUCGCUGAUGCCCAUCGCGGAGAGGCGAGUGCACGACGGGCUCUUUCCAUAAAGCACCUCUGCUCAUUUCCCGCUGCACCCAGUGACCGCCAUGUCAGCUGUCUCGCCUCCCAGGAACGUGCCGACCAAGGGGCCCCUGCAGUCCGUCCAGGUUUUUGGGCGCAAGAAAACAGCUACAGCUGUUGCCCACUGCAAGAGAGGCAAUGGUCUCAUUAAAGUUAAUGGAAGACCUCUAGAGAUGAUUGAACCUGCAACACUGCAGUACAAACUUUUGGAGCCUGUUCUUCUCCUUGGCAAGGAACGAUUUGCUGGUGUUGACAUCAGAGUCCGUGUUAAAGGGGGUGGUCACGUUGCACAAGUUUACGCAAUCCGCCAGGCAAUUUCAAAGUCUCUUGUAGCUUACUACCAGAAAUAUGUUGAUGAAGCUUCCAAGAAGGAAAUUAAAGACAUCCUCAUCCAGUAUGACAGGACCCUUCUAGUUGCAGACCCUCGUCGCUGCGAGUCCAAAAAGUUUGGUGGACCUGGAGCUCGUGCUCGCUACCAGAAGUCCUACCGUUAAAACUAUUAUUUACAUUUUUCUGGAAAUAAAUCUUUGAAAAAUCA